AGAAACAAUAGAUUAGUAAAAUCAAAUUUGGUGUAGACAAAACAUCUAGAGCUGUUUUGGUUUAAGAUUAUGAGCUUAAUUUGUUAGAUAUUAAGCUUGAAAUGUUGAAUAAUAGAACUUAUUUAUGUUAACAAGAUGAGUUUGGAACCAUGUACAAUGUUUUGCUUUCAUAGUUAGGAACAAUUUCUUUUAAUUGGAAGAUAGGGACAACCAAAUGCAAUAAAACUUUGAGAUGGGAAGUUGAUAUGAUAUAAUGGAUUGACAUGGGUAUUUUUCAUCUUAUUUCAAAAUUUCUUUUUCUUAGCUAUUCGUGGUUAUUAGAGUUUUAAGAGGAGGAGAUGAUUGUAAAUUCAAAUUUGCAAGGAAUCAACAUGUACUAGCAUUUUUUUUUUUAAUGAGAACAUGAACUAAUUUUAAGUAGGCUUAAUUCAACAAUUCUUGCCUUUGAAGUCAAAUAUAAAAUGCUUGAACAUUGCUUCAAGGGUGAGCAUAGAUCAACUUUUGAUGGUCUUCAAUUGAUGAUUGGAAAGAUGGUGUUUGGAAAACAGACAGCUUUUGAGGUAUUUAGGUUUUCAUUUUGUGAUUCUACAAGCUUUUCACAUUUUAGUAUAAGGUAUGAGUCUUCUUCUUCCUCUUUACCAACUCUGCCUUAACCAAUUGGCUGGCUGUUGUGAGUUCAUUUCAUUUUCUUUAAAUUUCUUCAAUGAAUUGUAUUUAUCUUUUUGCCCUUUCAAUUUUCUUCUUCUUCAUCUUCCCUAUUAAUACAAAAGGGGAUAAUUAUUUCUCAUUUUCUAAAUCUCUUUUCACCCUCAUGGUUUGUUUCAAAAAUUUGAAUUUAAGACUUUUGAACUUAAAAUCUCAAACUCUUUUAUAAGUAGUAUAGAUGGAAAUGGAAAUAAAAAUAUGAAGUGAGAGUUGUUUACUCUGGGAAUAUUGUCUAAGUAGUAGAAUUUGCUAUACAAUUUAACUACACAUGUAUUAUGUUAGCAUGUACAUGAUGGAGAAUGGCAAUCUUAUUUCAUAGGUUUCCUGUAGCUUUAGUUGUAUAAUUUUCUUAAUAUAACUCCUUUUGCAGGUUGAAACAUGUUAGUCAUUUCAUAGUUGUUAUGGUGGCAUUUGCACCUUCAUGAGUGUGCAGAAUGAAGAAGACUCAAGGUUUGGCCACAAAACACCACCUUUAUAUUUAUUUUUCUAUCACAAAAAUCUACCAACAUCAUCUUCCCAAUGAAAAACAUCAAAAUUAUCUAUAUAUUUUUCUCACUUAGAUAUACUGUUUUUUAAUGCCUUUAUCCAAAGAUGGUUUGUUGGGAGAAAGGCAACACAAGGUAUUAAUCUUUAUUCUUCUGUGGAUAUUCUUUUUACUCUUGAAGGUUAUCCAGGUUCUUCUACAUUGUGUGCUUUAGCUUUUAGGCUUUUUAUAUAUCGAGUGUUGAAAAAAAAUUAAAAAUAACA